CAAGAAUUUGAGCCUAGAUCCUUUUUGUUUGUUUGUUCCAAAGUCUUAACUCCCUUCUCAAUUUUUUCUUGCUGUUCUGUCACCAGCUGAAAGACCAGCAGUAUGAAGGAAUGACAUGCUGCAACUUGGAUGGGUUUUAAAUGCUCUGUGCCAAAUGACACAAGCCAGACUGAAAAGACAACAUAGUAUGUGAAGGCAUUAUGAUAUUCUAGAAAGGGACAGAAAACAGAUAGUGGUUGUCAGGGUGAUACCGGUGGGCUGAGGGAGAUCCCCAAACACUGGUGGGAUCUCAACCCCAGCUGGUUUUCAGGUGCUUGACACUGUCAUGAGAACACAUUAAAGGGCAAGUCAGAAAAUAGUGCAAGUAUGGAGAUUUAUUAAAGGGAAAGUACACACUCUUGUGGGCAUUCUUAAGGGAGAGACGCUCAAUGAGGUUUGGAGUUUCUACAUUUAUGAGUUUCUUUAUCCAAGGGAUAUAUUCAUGAAAAUUCCUGGGAAAAAGGUAGAGACUUCUUGAAAUUAUGGUGCCACCCAUUUUUGCAUCAAAUAUGAAUGGUCUCGGAACUGCCAUGGUGCUGGUAGGUGUGUGAUUGAGCAUGUUAAUGAGCAUAUAAUGAGGUCCUAGGUGAAACCUAGGUCAAAUCCAUUGCCAUGUUGGGUCCAGUGGGUCUUAACCAGCUUGGUCCACACCCUGGUUUUUCAGGGUCUUAUUAACCCUUAGCCCCUAGUCAUGAAAACUGCUCUGUGGAAUUUUUUAGGAGUUCCUACAAAGGGUCAAAGGAAUUUUCUGAGAUGAUGGAAUUGAAUUGUUCUUGUAUCUUGCUUGUGGUAGAAGAAUUUGGAAGCUGCAAAACCAGUUUGGUGGUUUUAUUAGUUUCAUUUAGGCCCUGGAACUGCAGGAUGCUCAGAAAGAAAGUAACCAAUGAAUCUGUUGAAAAAGUGAAAAGAAAAAAACAAGGCUUUUAAAACUACCAGAGCUCUUAUUUAGAACAAUGGUUCUUAAGUUUGGCUCAGAUUGAAAUCCUCAGGCAUUUAAAGUACUGAUGCUUGGAGGAGGCUUAUGCUCCAUUGAUAGAAUUGAUUGGGGAAUGUAGGGAAGGUAUAAGGGUACUUAAAAGUUACCCAGGUGAUUCUGACUCACAGUCAAGGCUGAAAUAACAUAGUCUCUGUCUGCAAUUGCCUGUAAUUGAGUAGAGUAGAAGUUCUCAAAAUAUAGCUCCGGACCAGCAGCAGCCUCACCUGGGGAAGCUGUUACAAAUGCAGAUUUUCUGGCUCCACUCCGGACUUCUUGAAUCUGAAACUCGGAGGAUGGGGCCUAGCAAUCCAUGCUUUAACAGUUCCUCCAGGCUAUUUUGGCAUUCUGCUGGAUAUAUGUUCGUAAAUACCAAAGUCGGCGGGAAAGUGAAGUUGUCUCCACCAUAACAGCAAUUUUUUCUCUAGCAAUUGCACUUAUCACAUCAGCACUUCUACCAGUGGAUAUAUUUUUGGUUUCUUACAUGAAAAAUCAAAAUGGUACAUUUAAGGACUGGGCUAAUGCUAAUGUCAGCAGACAGAUUGAGGACACUGUAUUAUAUGGUUACUAUACUUUAUAUUCUGUUAUAUUGUUCUGUGUGUUCUUCUGGAUCCCUUUUGUCUACUUCUAUUAUGAAGAAAAGGAUGAUGAUGAUACUAGUAAAUGUACUCAAAUUAAAACGGCACUCAAGUAUACUUUGGGAUUUGUUGUGAUUUGUGCACUGCUUCUUUUAGUUGGUGCCUUUGUUCCAUUGAAUGUUCCCAAUAACAAAAAUUCUACAGAGUGGGAAAAAGUGAAGUUCCUAUUUGAAGAACUUGGAAGUAGUCAUGGUUUAGCUGCGUUGUCAUUUUCUAUCAGUUCUCUGACCUUGAUCGGAAUGUUGGCAGCUAUAACUUACACAGCCUAUGGCAUGUCUGCGUUACCUUUAAAUCUGAUAAAAGGCACUAGAAGCGCUGCUUAUGAACGUUUAGAAAACACUGAAGACAUUGAAGAAGUAGAACAACACAUUCAAACGAUUAAAUCAAAAAGCAAAGAUGGUCGACCUUUGCCAGCAAGGGAUAAACGCGCCUUAAAACAGUUUGAAGAAAGGUUACGAACACUUAAGAAGAGAGAGAGGCAUUUAGAAUUCAUUGAAAACAGCUGGUGGACAAAAUUUUGUGGCGCUCUGCGUCCCCUGAAGAUCAUCUGGGGAAUAUUUUUCAUCUUAGUUGCAUUACUGUUUGUAAUUUCUCUCUUCUUGUCAAAUUUAGAUAAAGCUCUUCAUUCAGCUGGAAUAGAUUCUGGUUUCAUAAUUUUUGGAGCAAACCUGAGUAAUCCACUGAAUAUGCUUUUGCCUUUACUACAAACAGUUUUCCCUCUUGAUUAUAUUCUUAUAACAAUUAUUAUUAUGUACUUUAUUUUUACUUCAAUGGCAGGAAUUCGAAAUAUUGGCAUAUGGUUCUUUUGGAUUAGAUUAUAUAAAAUCAGAAGAGGUAGAACCAGGCCCCAAGCACUCCUUUUUCUCUGCAUGAUACUUCUGCUUAUUGUCCUUCACACUAGCUAUAUGAUUUAUAGUCUUGCUCCCCAAUAUGUUAUGUAUGGAAGCCAAAAUUACUUAAUGGAGACUAAUAUAACUUCUGAUAACCAUAAAGGCAAUUCAACCCUUUCUGUGCCAAAGAGAUGUGAUGCAGAUGCUCCUGAAGAUCAGUGUACUGUUACCCGGACAUACCUAUUCCUUCACAAGUUCUGGUUCUUCAGUGCUGCUUACUAUUUUGGUAACUGGGCCUUUCUUGGGGUAUUCUUGAUUGGAUUAAUUGUAUCCUGUUGUAAAGGGAAGAAAUCGGUUAUUGAAGGAGUAGACGAAGAUUCAGACAUAAGUGAUGAUGAGCCCUCUGUUUAUUCUGUUUGACAGCCUUCUCUGUCUUAAAGGUUUUAUAACGCUGACUGAAUAUCUGUUAUGCAUUUUUAAAGUGUUAGACUGACAUUAGGAUGAGCUAACUAGCUUUCAUCAAAAAUGGGAGCAUGGCUAUAAAACAACUAUAUUUUAUUAUAUGUUUUCAGAAGUAACAUUGUAUCAUAGAUUAACGUUUUAAAUUACCAUAAUAAUGCUAUGUAAAUAUAAAACUACUGGCUUUGUGAGGGAAUGUUUGUGCAAAAUUUUUUCCUCUAAUGUAUAAUAGUGUUUAAUUAAAAAUCUUCCAGAAUUAAUAUUCCCUUUUGUCACUUUUUAAAAACAUAAUACAUCAUUUGUAUCUGUGCCUUA